UGACACCAUUUCACUGGUCUCUCACCAAAGCCAAAGAAAAAAUCAAAUCUACCUUCCAAAUGGCGUCCGUAAUUAGAAGCAACGAACGCUCAGGCUCCUCCUCCGACCACUGCGACACCUUCCCUGCCGCCACGAAGCACCAGACCCUUUCCAAGCCCCUGCCGCGGCACCCAGAGGACCCCGCAGCGGCGCUGGCUAAUGCCCGCCACGAGUUCGGUGAGCACGGUGGCGUGAACAUGUCGAUCGAGGCCUCAGCCACCUUCACCGUGAUGGAGCCUGAGACAAUGCGUCGCAUGUUCACCGGCGAGCUCGGCCCCGACCGCGACUUCUUCUUCUACAGCCGCCAUUUCAACCCCACCGUGCUCAACCUGGGCCGCCUCAUGGCCGCCAUGGAGGGCACGGAGGCCGCCUACUGCACGGCCUCUGGAAUGUCGGCCGUCUCCUCCGUGAUCCUCCAGCUGUGCAGCGCCGGAGGGCACGUGGUGGCGUCGCGCACACUGUACGGUGGGACCCACACACUCCUCGCGCACUUUCUGCCCCGCACCUGCAACAUAACGACGUCGUUUGUGGACAUCCGCGACCAUGAGGCGGUGCGGAGUGCCAUGGUCCAGGGCAAGACUAAUGUGCUCUACUUUGAGACCAUGUCUAAUCCUACGCUCACUGUCGCUAACGUGCCGGAGCUCUGCAGGAUGGCGCAUGAUAAGGGUAUCACAGCCGUCGUUGACAACACCUUCGCUCCCAUGUUGGUCUCUCCGGCCAGGCUUGGCGCGGACAUCGUUGUGCACAGUAUGUCCAAGUUCAUUAGCGGUGCAGCCGAUUUAAUCGCGGGCGCAGUGUGUGGACCAGCAAGCUUUGUGAACUCAUUGAUGGACACUCGUGACGGGAGCUUGAUGCUGCUGGGGCCGACGAUGAACCCGAAUGUGGCAUUCGAGUUGGCGGGCAGGCUCCCUCACCUAGGGCUGAGGAUGAAGGAGCACUGCAACCGGGCCCUGGUGUACGCCACGAGGAUGAAGAAGCUCGGGCUCAAGGUCAUCUAUCCGGGCUUGGAGGACCACCCGGACCAUGUGACGCUCAAGUCAAUGGCGAUCAAGGAGUACGGGUACGGAGGGCUGGUAUGUGUGGACAUGGAGACGGAGGAGAGGGCCAACCGGCUAAUGAAACUGCUCCAAACCUGCAGCCAAUUCGGGCUUGUGGCGGUGAGCUUGGGAUACUACGACACCCUCAUGUCGUGCUCGGGGAGCAGCACGAGCAGCGAGCUGAGCAAGGAGGAGAAGGAACAGUCCGGGAUCUCGCCCGGGCUGAUUAGGAUGUCCAUCGGUUUCAACGGCACGUUGGAGCAGAAGUGGACCCAAUUCGAGAAGGCGCUGUCGAAAAUGCAGGAUCCCACUAAGGGGGUGGAAGACUAAGAGUGGAACUACUACUACUUUUCUCCUUUAUUAAAAGUAUAUGAUUGUCUUUGUUCCUUAUUUUCCCCGAUGCUUGUAACAAAAAUAAUUAAAAUGGAAAAUAAAAAGGAUAACCAAUAAUGAUGUUGUGUUGUGAAAA